AUGGCGCUGCGACGGUUGUUCCUUGACGGCCAUACUGAUCACAAUGGUCUUCGUCGCCUCAAGCCCAGCACAGCAACUACGAAGGUCAGAAGGGUGUUAAAGCACCCAAGCACCCCUAUACCACCCUCCGAAGAUGAACCCUCUGAUGAUGAAUCAUUGGAGGGUGUAAGUGUCAAUGAUGCAGUUGGAACUUCUGCGCUCGAGCCCCUACCUCAAGUGAACGUGCGAAAGCCUAACUACAAAAAUGCGAGUCGAGUUGUACCUCCACCCUCACGCCCUUUCAAGGUUGUUCGACUUCCUUUACCACUGCCCGCGUCCUUCCAAAGCCGUUCCCAUGCCAUCGGAACUCCGAGGACGUGGAAAGAAGAGGAAGCUCAAGUCCGCGAAUACAUCGCUGGGGAAGAAAGUUGGGCGAGGCGGUCCACUAUCCCCAUUAACAGUGGGAUCGUCGACCGAUGGACCCCAUCACCAGAACAUAUUAAUGCUGGUAAAGCAAUGCGCCUUCGAGACGGACCUUCUGAUGAGUCUAAAAAGGAACAUGUUAAACCACGCCCAGUCACCAAGGGCUCUCGGGUGGUGAUGAAUCGUGGCCUGCGUAUGGUGCUAAUUCUGCAAACCACAACGGGCGUCAUCCCCGAAGCCACUGGUUCAGCUAACAUCCAGUCUGAUCCUUUGGAGGAGAAGUCUGCACAGACGAAGGAUGAACGGCCCCCAAUAUUCCCGACCAGCAGCCUCUUCGUGACUCCAACCACCCUCGUCCCCCUCACUCCUCACAAGACUCAGGACGAGCGUCCACAUGAUAACCUCCCCAUGAUGCCCCUCGUGACAGCCCACUGCGCAAACGCUCUCCAUGACCCCCCACGCGACCUUGUCCGUGACCCUCGAGAUGAUCAUGACCCUCCACGCGCUCCACGCGACCUUGUCCGUGACCCUCGAGAUGAUCACGACCCUCCACGCGACCUUGUCCGUGACCCUCGAGAUGAUCAUGAGCCUCUCCGUGACCCUCGAGAUGGUCGUGAGCCUCCCCGUCACCCUAGAGAUGGUCGUGAACCUCAUGAAGAUGCUCGAAGUGCUGUUCGCGACCCUACACGCAACCAUCAUGAGGCCGUACGUGACCCUCGUGAUGGCCUUCGCAAUCCUUGGGAUGUUGAUCCUCGUUAUCCUUACACCCGAGGGUACUCCCAUGAACCUGCGCGUGGCCUCGACCGUGGCACUCUUCACCCCCGUGACGCAUUCUACCAUCGCAAUCCCCGCUAUGGUCCACCUCAAGAUCCUUAUGGAUCUGGCGAUAUUCGUAUGGAAAGUGACUUGAAUACUCGAGACAGCUCACCUGUGUCCGAUUUCAUGGUAACUAUGGUCCUAGUGAGCGCGAACGUGCCUACCCGACCCGGUCCCGGCACAAUGACCUCGAUGAGCGUGGGCAAUCACUAUCUCCCUAUCAUAGUCGUCGAGUUGGUGGAGGGAGUUACCGCGAGGAAGGAUACCCUCAAGGCCCCGGUAGGAGAUUUCAGGAUUCGAGAUGGGAUGAAGGUGCUCAUUUGGACUAUGAUGCUAUACCACGAGCAUUCCGUCGCGAUCUGCCCAAUCCCCCAAGGCCUCCUCCCGCUACUUAAUGUCCUCCUUGCUCCUCAAGCGUUUUGUGAUGUUUGUCGUUGA